AUGUCUGACCCCUCAUUCGCUCUCCCUUCUGUCUCCCCUCUCAAUAAUCGCAACUAUCCUUCCUGGUCCAAGGAGAUCAAGGCCUGGCUUCGUCUCAAAGGCCUGUGGAUUCUGGUCUCUGGUGAUGAGACAGCCCCUGUUGGCACGAAGGAGAAGCCUGCUGACCCAAGGGAGGUGGCAGAGUGGAAGAGGAAUGCUCAGAAGGCUGCUGGUGCGCUCUUACUUUCGGUUGAGGACCAGUUCAGAGGCGUCUUGGAUGGCAUUGAGGACGACCCCAUUGCUAUUUGGACUAAACUGGAGGAGCAGUUCAACAAGAAGUCUGCUGGAUCAUGUUUCAAUGCGAUGGAGGACCUCUUCUCAAUCAAGAAGCGCAACAAUGAGUCCCUCCAGUCCCUCAUUCAUCAUGUCAAUGAGUCUAUGCGCGUCUUGAAGAACCUCCGCGACUCUGGCUUCGAUCUCAAGAAGCAGGACGAGGAGCUCACUUGCAUGGCCCUCUUGUGGUCUCUCCUCUCUGAGUUUGACACCUUCUGCUCCUCCCUCAGUCUUAUGGACGUCUUGUCUCACUCCAAGCUCAAGGAUGUGUUCAGGCGCGAGGAUUUGAACCGUGCGCGUCGUUCUGAUCCCACAGACUCUGCACAGGCCCUUGUGGCAUCCUUUGCUUCAUCCCCCUCCUCUUCCUCCACCUCCUACAGACGUUCCAGGCCACCCAGGAAGCAGUACAAGUGCGACUUCUGUGGUGCCACUGGCCACACUGAUGACAGGUGCUUCAAGAGGAUCAAUGAGGAGCUGAAGAAGUCCAAGCCACAGCAGGCCCACCCGGUUCAGGCUCCUGAAGCCUCUGGUCCCAUGCAGUUUGCAGGCAAUGCAAGUUUUCGUUCCCCUGCUCUAUCCCCUUCGUCCACAGCCCCCUCACUCGUCACUGACCUCGAUUAG